AUCCAUAUUAGUCCAUAGCUCAGACCAAAGGGUGAUUAAAGAAAGAGGGGGAAAGAGAGACUGUGAGGCAGAAAGAGAGAGAGCGAGAGGCUGUCAUGCAGAAUGAGAGCCGAGUGCCUUACUUUGAUGUUUUCAUUUUUGUUGAAUCACCACAGUCUCAUUAGCGGCACUGCUGUCAAGUCCCAGGCAGUGUCCCUCCCCAUGCAGUCUACAGCACCGCCCAGCGCCCACCCUCUUCCUCCUCCACAGCUCCCUCCCUUCUGCUACUCACCUUCCACUCAUCUCAUCUCAGGAUCACUCAACAUCACCUGGAGAGAGAUCACACUCCUGACCACAGCUAUUUCUGUAUCAUUAGAACUAUUUUGAUUUUGAUCACACUCCUGACUCUGUCCCUUCACCACCUUCAUUCACAUCACAGGGAUUUUAACUGUGUGUCACUGGACUGUUCAUGCAGUAGUCUUUUAGAAUCAAGUUGUUUGGAUCAGACCGCUGGACCCCACUUGAACCUCAUGCCGUGGAGAGUAGCCUGCAGCGAUGUCAUCUCAUCUCUCCCCCCGCAACGCAAAGGAUCAGCCACGCACGAGAAAGUCAUCCACUGAUUUGUCUCCCGCUAAACCCUCACCGACCUCCAGAAGCCUCAAACAUGAAAGAGUGUCCAGACUGGACUCGUCUGGUGCUUACGACCGAGAGGCCUAUGAUGCUCGAAGGGAAAACAGAAUGGCAGCGCGGAAAAAAGCAGAGGAAGAGGCAGGAUGCACUGACUAUAAGAAGAUGUACGAGGAGGCCUUGUCUACCAAUGAGAGGCUCAAGUCCAGGCUGCAGGGCAGCAAACAGGAGCUGGUGUUGGUGCAGACUCAGCUGGAGAGAGUCACACAGAGAAAGAUAACAAUGACUGAAAGGUCCAAUGAGAGGUCCAUGCUUGAGACAGAAAAACGGGAAACACGUGUCCUGCAGAAGAAGAUAUCAGACAUGGAAGAUGAAGUGAAGGUCCAGACAGAGCUGAAGAAUGAGAACCAGAGACUGAAGGACGAGAACGGAGCCUUAAUCCGGGUCAUCAGUAAACUGUCUAAGUGAGAAGAGGAGGAAAAGGAAGAGAGGGGGAUGAUACAGCUUUAUUUCCCAUGUUUACACCCACUUCUCCAACCCCACCACCCCCACCACCACCCCCACCAACACCCCCACCAACACCAAUAGUCUUCACACGCAGUUUGCAUAUUUGCACAUUUUUUGUAUUAAUUUAUGGAUUGUUAUAAUGCAUAAUUAUAUAAUCACAGCACAUAAUAAUACCGUAUGAAUGUCUGCAAAUGUUUAAUCUAUAAGCUGAUGUAACAGUUUAUAUAUUAUCACGUUUUGUAUCACUAUGUGACAUUUGAAAUGUUUUUAAUUUUUUUAUUUUUUACUCCAUCACAUGAACAGUCUCCUAUGCCUUGUAUAAGUUAUUUAUAAAGAUUUUCUAUUCUGUAAACCAA